CCAGUCAUGUAGUCACUACUCCUUCUCCGUUCACAUCCGUUCUCUGUGUCCUCGUGUUGUCUCUGUGCGUUUUUAGCCUGGGCUGCUUAGAGAUUUCCUGUAGUUGAUGAAUUGGUGUUUUGUCUGAAACUCUUUUUGCGCUUUUCUGACGCUUCGGGGUGUUCCGUGCGUCAGAGCAUCCCGCGAUUUUCCACGCUUUAAAUCUCCUCUCUGGUUGCUCCCKUGGCUCCUUCCUCUCUUUCUUCCUGUUGAGCACCGGGCGAUUAUCUGUCACCGCCGUGACUUCUAAUUGUUUCUUGGCAAAGUUGGGAACCACAGAGGAGAAGGCUUCAAUGAGUGCUCCUCCGUUGAUCCGGGCGCCCAGCCCGCUGCCGUUUUUGGGAGGGACGAGCAGCCCCAACACCGAGGGAGGAGGUGGGGAAGGGGGAGGCGGUGUGAUCUCCUUCCAGAUCCAGAUAGGCAUGAGUCGGGAGCCGGUGCUGCUAGACGCCGCGGAGCUCAACCUCAGUCAGGUCCGGGAAGUGGCUUGCUCCAUUAUCAACCAGAAGCUGCCAGAGUGUGGAUUCUAUGGGAUGUAUGAAAAGAUUCUCUUGUUUCGUCAUGACCAGACAUCAGACAACAUGCUGCAGCUGCUGCGCUCUGCCUCGCAGAUCCAGGAGGGUGACCUGGUGGAGGCCAUUCUGUCAGCUUCAGCCACUAUGGAGGACUUCCAAAUCCGUCCACACAGUCUGUUUGUUCAUUCGUACAGAGCUCCAACUUUCUGCGACCACUGCGGUGAGAUGCUGUGGGGUCUGGUACGGCAGGGGCUCAAAUGUGAAGGAUGUGGUCUCAAUUAUCACAAACGCUGUGCAUUUAAAAUUCCCAACAACUGCAGUGGGGUGAGAAGGCGUCGCAAUUCAACGGUUUCACUAACAGGAGGAAUUGUUAAUGUGGGUCGCCCCCUCUCUGCUGAGCCAUCACCUCCCCACUACACAGAUGAUGCUUUGCUGUCUCCUGUAAGUCCCAAUGUUGAGAAGAACCAGUUAGAUUAUUACCCUGGCAGGGAGCGCCGAGCUAGCACCCAGUCAUACAUCGGACGCCCCAUUGAGCUGGACAAAAUCCUACUGUCAAAGGUCAAGGUUCCCCACACAUUCCUAAUCCACUCAUACACCCGGCCAACUGUGUGCCAACACUGCAAGAAGCUGCUGAAAGGCCUCUUCAGACAGGGUCUCCAGUGCAAAGAUUGUAAAUUUAACUGCCAUAAACGAUGUGCUCUGAAAGUGCCAAACAACUGCCUUGGAGAAGUUUCCAGAAAUGAAGAUCUUCUGAGCCCAGGAGCAGAGUCGGAUGCUGUGAUGGUGGAGGGUUGCCUUGACGACCCCAGUGGUGACCGACGUGGUAGCCUCCUUGAUGACAUGGAUGAAGCACUAACUUCAGAUGGGGGCUUAAUGCUGGACACCGGAUCUGCUGACCUUAGUGACCUGCGUGACCCUGACCUGGAUGACUCCAACCGUGCCAUCAGCCCGUCCACCAGUAACAACAUCCCACUGAUGCGAAUUGUUCAGUCUGUCAAACACACCAAGAGGAAGAACAGCAAUGUGAUGAAGGAAGGCUGGAUGGUUCACUACACCAGCAAGGAUACUCUUAGAAAACGCCAUUACUGGCGACUGGACAGUAAAUGCAUCACCUUGUAUCAAAAUGAUACAGGAAGUAAAUACUACAGGGAGAUUCCACUGUCAGAAAUCCUGUCUCUGGAGCCAGCUCAGAACUUCUCUCUGCUUCCAGAAGCAGCCAACCCUCACUGUUUUGAAAUCACUACAGCAAUGUUGGUUUACUAUGUUGGAGAGAACCUGUUGAGAGGCGAAUCAUCCAUGACUGGCAGUAGCAUCCUGGUCAGUGGAGUUGGGCAGGAUGUGGCUCGGAUGUGGGAAAUGGCCAUCCAGCAUGCUCUUAUGCCAGCCGUCUCCACAGGAAUUUGCCACAAUUCCCACCGAAGUGGGCACAAGGAAAUUUCCAUCAGUAUUUCAGUCUCCAACUGUCAGAUCCAGGAAAAUGUGGACAUCAAUUCAGUUUAUCAGAUUUUUCCAGAUGAAGUUCUUGGCUCUGGACAGUUUGGUAUUGUUUAUGGAGGUAAACAUCGGAAGUCUGGUCGAGAUGUUGCCAUCAAAAUAAUUGAUAAACUUCGUUUCCCUACUAAGCAGGAGAGCCAACUGCGCAAUGAGGUGGCCAUCCUGCAGAGUUUGCACCACCCAGGCGUGGUCAACUUAGAGUGCAUGUUUGAGACGCCGGAGCGAGUGUUUGUGGUGAUGGAGAAGCUCCAUGGAGACAUGCUUGAGAUGAUCCUGUCCAGUGAGAAAGGUCGGUUACCGGAGAGAAUCACCAAGUUCUUGGUCACACAGAUCCUGGUGGCUCUGCGGCAUCUCCACUUCAAGAACAUCGUCCACUGUGAUCUGAAGCCUGAAAAUGUGCUUCUGGCUUCUGCAGACUCUUUUCCUCAGGUAAAACUUUGUGACUUUGGAUUUGCUCGGAUCAUUGGUGAGAAGUCCUUCCGGCGCUCAGUGGUUGGCACACCAGCAUACCUUGCUCCUGAAGUCCUGAGAAACAAAGGCUACAAUCGUUCUCUGGACAUGUGGUCGGUGGGAGUCAUCAUCUACGUCAGUUUAAGUGGGACAUUCCCUUUCAAUGAAGAUGAAGAUAUUAAUGAUCAAAUCCAGAAUGCUGCCUUUAUGUACCCUCCACACCCGUGGAAGAAAGUCUCCCAGGAAGCAAUCGACCUGAUCAACAACCUCCUGCAGGUGAAGAUGAGGAAGAGGUACAGUGUGGACAAAACUCUCAGUCACCCCUGGUUACAGGAUUAUCAGAUGUGGCUGGACCUGAGGAAUUUAGAGGGUCGAAUGAACGAGCGGUACAUCACCCACGAGAGCGAUGACCUUCGUUGGCUCCAUCACGCUCAGCUCAGCGGCCUUGAUUACCCCUCGAAUUUCAUGAAUGGUCCUCUGAACGACGUUGAUCCAGGGAUGGAGCGCUACCAUGAGCAGGAGGAGGAGCUGGAGACCCUCAGUGAGAGGGUCAGUGAACUCUGAGGACAGUGUCGCAAAGUAACACAAACCAGAAGAAGGAAGUCUGAACUUUUUCUGGAGGAGCAGUAUUGAACAUUUACAAAUAUUUUUCAAGCAGUUAUUACAUUUCAUUUCAUUCAAAUCGGCUUCUUUUCUAUGAAAACAGCUGCAGGUUUACUAAUCUGCACACCGGCAGUGUGCGCUGACACCUCCAAGUUAAAUGUUCCUGUUCCUGUCAAACACUGACUGGAGGCUUUCUGUGUGGAGUUUGCAUGUCUUUCUUGUAGCUUUUCUCAUAUCGGGAUUUUUGCUUCUGCCUACAUUCCUAAAACAUACAUGUUGGUCUUAUUAGAGAUGAUAAACUGAAGCAUUAGCAUGCUUCUGUUUCUGGUUUCCCCCAUGGCUCAUAAAAUGUUCAGGUUCCAAUCGGCUGUGACCCUUUGAAGGAGGCAACUCAUUAGAAUUGAAGGUCUCAUGAUUAGGUGUGAGUACCGAUAAAUUCAAAAUAAAAAUUAUUACAGAUAUACCUUUUUUAUAUCUUUUCUGUUAACCGUAAGGCAGAGCAAUGAAUAAGAAAUUGUAAGUGCAUGACCUCAAGCUUCUCAACAUAUCGGACUGAAAAAAAAUCUCCCUUACAGAUUUCUGUUUAUUGUCACUCUUAAAUGUUUCUGUGAGCUUUUUCUUUUUGCAACCCAUCCUGUCAUGAUCUGAACAUAUUCAAGAACAGAUCAAACAUUUUUAUUGUUUUUUUGUUUUUUUUCAGUCCGGGUUCCAAAACAAUUUCUAAGGGUGCGUUCACACCGGUCCUGUCCAGUCCACUUUAAUCAAACUCCAGUCUUGUUUAGAAAGUCUGGUUCAUUUGCGGAGGUGUGAAUGCAAAAUAAAACUGAUGUAGACCAAAAAAGCAAACUCUACCGAAGUCUUGAAUCAGUUGCAGUGAACUCUGGUGAGGUUUGAAUGCACAUGUGAAUGUCCAAAGAAGCAGAUUUUAGCACAUGGGAUUCUGGGUAAAGACAACCAAAACAAACUCUAGUCUAGCGAUAAAGAGAAAUCCUACAAACAUUGAAAUCUGAUGGCACUCCAUUGUGGUUUACAUUUCCUGAACAAGUACGUUGUACUCAUAAGUUUUCCUUCAGCCGUUCUUGGUGUAGCGCCACCAUAGGUGAGGAGUUGAACAGGUUUUUCAAAGGGUUUAGUUGGUUUGACACGGUGCAG